GCAACUCAGCGGCCAGCGUCAAUCUGCAUCUGCGUCUGCAAUCCCAUCUUUCUGCCCGAGGAUCAGAUAUUUGCGAGGCCCACUUCUUUCCUUGCUCGUCAUCUUCCCUGACACGCCUGAGGAAGCCCUGGUUGAUGCCGUCGUCAACCCGUCCAGCCCCUCGAGACGAACUGGGUUGCCUGUCUUACGCAAUUCCACACCGAGCCACCCCCUUGGUUCCACGUACAUGCGCCAUCUUGUCUGCUGUCUGUCUAUCUGGCUGGCUGUCAACUGCAAAGCCUCACUCAUUCUUGAUUUCUUUUCACCUGCCUGCAUCCUCCCACAUUCAUUCUGCUUGCGCCUCCAUUCUGUCUUUUGCCAAGGUCUUGUCAGAACACCUCCUGUCCCUAUCGCCAAAUCCACAGGAUUCCCUGCCUGCUUCCUACAACAUCCCUGAUCCAUCCCGACCCGAUUCGACCUGGUGGAUCACGCUGCAGUGCCUGGCACAGCACUGAGAGACUCUCUGUGGUCAUCGACCCACUCCUCACCGCAUGUCGGCUAUCUGUACCGAGUACAUAUACAAAUAUCCGCCUCGCCUGUGUAAACUGUAUUCUUAACCGAGCGAGCAUUGGGAGGCUGCCGUCAAAGCCGUCAACACUCCGCCGUCGACAUCGACGAACAGCAUCAUUAACAAGCACUACCUACGUGGAUAUCGCCGAGACUGUGCGCCUGCGCCACCAGCUGAACCACCUCGAGCUUUUUAGGACCCAUUGGAACUCCGGCCCCCCAGCUUCCUGCUGAUCCACCUCAUCGAGGAGCCCUCUUAUCCUAUCCGGGAGUCCAGCCCACAUUGCUCUACGAUACCAUUUGCGAGCUCGUAUUCAGUCGACAGCCAAUAUCUGGCAGACGACCGCAUAUCUGGUCCCAGAUCAGCGAGUCCUGUCCGGCUUCUCCUGCAACCACCUCUGUUCUUGUUAUCCUGCAUAUUCGUCAGCAUCAAAUCCUCGAUUCCACGGUCUCUGGCACUGCACUUUCGCCUGCUACCUCAGAGCCGGUAGCCUGGGCUGACUACUUUGUCUUAUUCCAAAAAGAACGUUCCGCAUUCACCACUAUGAGGCUUUUACAGACGCUGCUCCUUUCCUGCUCGUUGGCCACGACAGUGCUAAGUCUGCCUGAGAAAAGAUGGGGUGACGACAAACCCAAAGGCGGCGAAAAGUAUUUCUUCGAGGCCGGCGGCACAGAGGCAUUGGGCCACUACGACGGCCGCUAUUUCCAGGGAGAGGUUGACUAUGAGGCGCACCGUGUUGCGCUGCGCCACCUCAUUCGAAGUUAUGUGUCAGUAUUCCGCGCCUUGGGCAUCGACACGUGGCUCGCGCACGGCACGCUGCUGGGGUGGUGGUGGAACGGGCAGAUCAUGCCCUGGGAUUACGACCUCGACGUCCAGGUCACGGCCUCGACCCUCCAGUACAUAGGCGACCACUACAACCGCACCAUGCACGAAUACCGCUACGUCGACGAAGCCACCGGCGAGGAGCAGAGCAAGGUAUACCUGCUGGACGUGAACCCGAACCACGUCGAGCGGGUGCGCGGCAACGGCAUGAACGUCAUUGACGCGCGGUGGAUCGACACGACCAACGGCAUGUUCAUCGACAUCACCGGCCUUGCCGAGCGGGAGCCAGAGAAGUCGCCGGGCGUCUGGGCCUGCAAGAACAACCACCGUUACCAGACCACCGAGCUGUAUCCCAUGCGCGAGACCGAGUUUGAGGGCGUCCCCGCCAUUGUGCCGUAUUCUUUCGACACGAUUCUGAUGAGCGAGUAUGGAAAGAAGAGCCUGGUGACGACCGAAUGGCAAGGCCACCGCUGGAAUCCUGAAGUCAAGGAAUGGGUUCUGCAGGGCUAGGGGCAUUCUGGAACCGGGGCUUGGGAAUCCUUUUACCGCAAUCUGUGGUCCUCAGAAGCACGGGACAGCGUUACUCUGGCCUGCAUUGUCCUGCUAGUCCUUUUGUUUGGACUGGGUCUGCGGCGGAGACUCCUGGGGUGUCUUCACCCAUUGAUACCGACGCGAUCCAUCCUCCAGAUCCUCUCGGGACUCCGAAAUGGGUGCUAUUAUGAUAUAGGCACCCGACGCACCGGCAUCGAUGCACUCCUCCCGGUGCACGGUCGGUCGUGAGCCCCAGAGGAGGGCUGCGCACACGUCGCGCUCCAACAGGCUUUCUCACCAGCCGCUGAACCGGCGUAAUGCCGCGAACGGCGCCAACGAAGCAUAACUCUUGCUUGUCUAUUCAGCAUAGCGAUGGCGUUCUUUUCGGAUGAUGAUAUUUGUUUUUGUUGUACCGACUGUCAUCUCCACAUGACAAUGGUGUAAGGAGGAAAAGGAGCAUUUGAACGGUGGACGUCGGACCUGGACCGCGGCCUGGCCUGGCACAAGGUUUCGGCAACGAUCCUCCAACGGCGGUACGGACGGAUUGGAUUUAGGCCUAAAUUAGCCCCCGUCGCCGCAGCUGGUACGCUGCCGGCGCCAGGCUUGGCGCUAAGUCACGAGGUUGAGGUUGCAGCAGCAUCAGCAGCAAGCAGCACAUACCACACAGUAUACAUACUUGCAUACAAAAUUGUACGCGGUUAGGCAUAGCUCUUCAUGAUACCCCGAAUUCAAGUAUAGAUGAAACAUGCAA